AUGGACAGAUUGGUGAAGCCUGAUGUGAAGGAAGUAGAAUUUUCAUUCGUGAAAGCAGAGAAUUGUAGUGCAACUUUCUGUCUCACCAAUUUGAUGCACACCAUGUCUGUUGCAGUUUGUUUAUCUACAUCAAAUCCUUCUGUUUUCUCGUUUUCGCAAGAUUUCUCUGUAAUUCCACCGCUUUCUUCUUCUUCCUACACCAUUUCUUGCAAGUCAUCGGAGAAACCUCCUCUCAGUACUCCGCCGGACAAAAUCUCCGUUCGAUCCGCCAUGCUUCCGAUCGGAAAAGCUCACACCGACGACCUACGCCGACUGUUCUCCAGCCCUGGCCGCCACGUUUUCAAGGAUGCUUCGUUGUUGAUCUCUUUUGUCGGUUUCGAUGUAGUUGAAUUCCUAAUUUCGAACCAUAAACGAAUUCCUGAUUUGAGAUUUCUUCUUAACAAAGCUAUUUCUGGUUGUACCAAGUCUCAGUUGACGGCGUUGAUGGAACCGGCUAUUUCGUCCGGGAAAUUAGGGUUAGUUUCGGCUUUAAUCGACGCUGGAGUAGACGUCAAUGUGAAGGAUUCUCUCAAACGGUCAAUGUUGUCGAUCGCUGUUAGGAUUGGGAACAUCGAUAUUGUCAAGCGAUUGAUUGAUUCGCAUUGCGAAAUUGAUUUCUCUGUCGAUUUGGUCCUACACAUAGCGGCAACGAUGAACCGUGUCGAUUUGAUAGAUCUACUCCACGAAAAUUUUCCUAAGAUACCAGUUAAUUCCGUCGAUUCCGACGGCCGUACUCCAAUCCACGUGGCGGCGGCUAACGGUCACGUCGAGGCAAUGCGUUACCUCACUACGAUCGGCGGAGAUCCCGAGGCGGUGGAUCGGAAGAAAUGGACUCCGCUACAUUUCGCGGCGGCGGAAGGACAUCUCGAAGCCGUGGAGUAUCUUCUAAACUGGUCGAAUGUGAAAUACGCGGUGAACUCCGACGGAAGAACGGCGUUCGCACUCGCGUCGGAGAACGGACACACAGAUCUAUUCGAUUCGUUGAGAUUAGACGAUGCAUUGCACAGAACGGCUAGAGCCGGCGACGUUCGAGGUCUGAGAAGUUGCGUAGCGGCGGGAGCGAAUGUGAAUGGAAAAGACCAGAACGGGUGGACGGCUCUGCACAGGGCAGCGUUCAAAGGCAGAAUUGAAUGCGUCAAGGCGCUGCUGGAGCACGGAGCAGAGACCGACGCCGUCGACAACGCCGGGUACACGCCGCUGCGGUGCGCCGUCGAGGCCGGACAGGAGGAGGUGGCUCGGCUACUGGUUGAGAGUGGAGCGAAACCGAAUUUGUUGAAAGGUUUGAGAAGGGAUUUGAAUGUGUGUGGUGGAGAGAUUUCAUCUCUGUGCUGUGGGAAAUGA